GUAUGGGUGGGCGAAGAGCAAGAUAUAAAGCUUCCUCCCUCCCUCCUCGGUGAGAGUGGUCGCUGCUCAAGCACCAAACCACAGGCAACAGAGAUCUUCCUUGUCAGGCAAGAAACACAAGCAUAGAAGAAGACCAAGUGGAACAAAAAGUCUGAAAAAGAUUCCAUCUUCGACGAUGUCUUCCUCGGCCGCGUCCUUCUCAGCCUUUCCGGUGUCCCAAAUCUCCAUGCCUACUGACAUCCUAUUCACUUCGGCCCACGCCUUCGUCAAAGAACACUACACCAAAGCGGCGCUCAACCACUGCCUCCGCAGCGUCGCCUUCUCCCUCAUCCUGUUCCGCAAAUUCCCGCCCCUCGCGACGAACCCGGACAUCGACAGGGAAGCCGUCGCCCUUUCUCUCCUGAUGCACGACAUGGGCUGGGCGACCAGCUCGUCCCUGACCUCCAAGGACAAGCGCUUCGAAGUCGACGGCGCGGAGAUUGCUCGCAACUUCAUCCGGGCCGAGGCCGUCGCCGCCGCCGACCACAAGGGCGGGCAAUGGGACAAGCACCGCCUGCAACUGAUGUGGGACGCCAUCGCGCUGCACACGACCCCGAGCAUCGCGCACCACAAGGAGCCCGAGGUCUUCGCGACCCAGCUGGCCAUCAUGGCCGACUUCUUCGGGCCCCACCUCCCCGUGCCGGGCUGGCCGAUCACGGUGGCCGAGUACAAAGAGGUCCUGGCCGCGUUGCCGCGGCUCGGCUUCAAGGAGGAGAUGCGGGAGUUGUUGUGCGGGUUCUGCCGCGACAAGCCCCAGACCACGGUCGACAAUUUCGUCGGCGAGUUUGGCAAGAUCUACGGCCUGGACGGGAAAGGCGGCGGGAGGGACGAGUUCGUCAAGAUGUGCGACGAGAACAACAUCGCCAGGCGCUUGGAGGGCGGGCUGACCGCGCUCGAGCAAUAUGAGGUUUGAAGCAGCAAUCAGACCCCGACACGUGCGUCCUCACUGGAUGGUACCCGGUGGCUAUAGCGAGUGAACGGGAAGACAGGAAAUAGCAGCUUGCGUGGUACUACGGAUGUUUGAUGUAGUCACGCCUUCGCGCAUUCCAAUCAAUAUCACCGUCUUGCAACAAUUUUGCAAAGCUUCGCCGGUUUCCACAUGCCAGCUUUCUAUACCAAUACUGAAG